AAAACACCCGGUCGGAAUCGGGCCCUGCCUCAAACGGGUCCAACGCCUCCCAAAAUGCGAAAAAAUAAACCCUAGAUUUUCAAGAUCUCCUUUCUCUUCUCUCUGCUUCGUUUACAAAUCAAGAUCUACCAGAAAUUCACAGGUUUGGAACCUCUUGGUCUAUGAAAGGAAAUGCACAUCUUAUUUCUUUGAUGUGAAUAGUGGAAACAGGAGCAUAAGCUUUGCAUAGGUUUGGAUAAUGGCCUCCGAGAGGGAUGUAUUUGGCUUGUCAGGUCCCGGACAUCUGACCCAUAUUGAUUGGAAAAACCCAGAUCACCGGCGAUCAGUUGCUGCCAGUUUGGUUCAGGGUGUGUAUGUUAUGGAACGUGAUCGCCAACAAAAUCGCCAGGGACCUGAAGCUCUGGCACCUGCAUGGUGGGAAUUCUUCCACUUUCACAUCAUACGUAAGCUUGUUGAUGAUGCCGAUUUCUCCAUCUUUGGUGCCAUAUAUGAAUUCAAGUUCCCAACUGCCAAUCAAAGUCACUCAGCAACGCCUGAAGCUCCAAAGUACGUCAUCGCAUUCCGUGGCACCAUCACCAAACCUGAUUCCUUCUCACGGGAUCUCAAAUUGGACCUCCAUUUCAUACAGAAUGGCCUUCAUCGGACCUCCCGUUUUGAAUUAGCAAUGCAAGCGGUCCGAAAUAUCGUUUCCACCGUUGGACAUUUGAAUGUCUGGUUAUGUGGCCAUUCUCUUGGGUCCGCCAUGGCAAUGCUUGCUGGGAAGAACAUGGCGAAAACCGGUAUUUUCCUUGAAUCUUUUCUCUUCAACCCCCCAUUUGUUUCGGCCCCAAUUGAAAGAAUCAAAGACAAGAAGCUGAAACAAGGAAUCCGUAUUGCGGGCAGCGUGAUCACAGCUGGGCUUGCUUUUGCUGUGAAAAGUCGUCAAGGCAGGUCAAUAUCUGAGGAUCCCUUUGCCAUGUUGUCUGCAUGGGUUCCAUGCCUGUUUGUGAAUCCAGUGGACCACAUCUGCUCAGAGUACAUUGGAUAUUUUAAGCACCGGAAAAAGAUGGAGAAGAUUGGAGCAGGGGGUAUUGAGCGACUGGCAACACAGAACUCCAUCGGGGAUCUGUUCCUGACUGCACUUGGGAAGGAAUCCGAUCCGUUGCACCUCCUCCCUUCUGCGAAUCUGACCAUUAAUCAGAGCCCUUCGCCAGAUUUUAAAACAGCUCACGGAAUUCACCAGUGGUGGUGGCCAGAUGUGCAGCUAAAGUACAAAAUGUACCUUUACAAGUGACAGAUUUACCUCGGUCUCUUGAUUGUUUGUGUGCGUAAGGAGGUGGUGAGCCUCUUAUUUCCUAAGGUUAGUAAUGCAGAUGGUAUGAAUAGAGAUC